AUGGAUAGUUUUGUUGGUGAUUUUGAAGAAGAAGAAGAUGAUGAUGAGUUUGCUGUUCCUUUGAGGAAUAUGAAAGAGUGGCUUGAGAACAAACCGCGUGGAUUUGGAGAAGGAAAAAUGUAUGAUACUUCAGUUGAGGACAAGUUGAUGGAAGAAAUUGAGCAGAGCAGGCAGGCUCAACUUGCCAAUAUAAAUAAGCUUAAGAACAGUCCUACAAAUCCCAGUUCCAAGAAAGCACAAAUUCAGCACCAGAAAGGUGGCAGCAGUCUCUUGGAAAUGGAUAGUUUUGUUGGUGAUUUUGAAGAAGAAGAAGAUGAUGAUGAGUUUGCUGUUCCUUUGAGGAAUAUGAAAGAGUGGCUUGAGAACAAACCGCGUGGAUUUGGAGAAGGAAAAAUGUAUGAUACUUCAGUUGAGGACAAGUUGAUGGAAGAAAUUGAGCAGAGCAGGCAGGCUCAACUUGCCAAUAUAAAUAAGCUUAAGAACAGUCCUACAAAUCCCAGUUCCAAGAAAGCACAAAUUCAGCACCAGAAAGUCUUUGAAGGUAUUCCAAGUGGAAUUCGUGUACGCUUGUCCCCUCUUCCAAAGAAAAAGAACAUCGACAGAGAUCUACAGUUGGCUUUUAAAGGAGUUCCAGGAAUACUUGACAUAAUCCCAGCUGUUUCUGGAAACANCUGUUUGAGUCUUACUUGGCAGUAUUAUUCAAAAUUUGCAGUCUUUGAAGGUAUUCCAAGUGGAAUUCGUGUACGCUUGUCCCAUCUUCCAAAGAAAAAGAACAUCCACAGAGAUCUACAGUUGGCUUUUAAAGGAGUUCCAGGAAUACUUGACAUAAUCCCAGCUGUUUCUGGAAACAAUAAGACAAGGGACCCUAUCUGCAAGGGUCUUGCCUAUGUUGAUUUUAAGUCUGAGGAUGAAGCCAAUAGCUUUGUACAGGUAUUUUCAAAACAAAGUAUAAAUUUUGGUAAAAUUCAGAAGCAGAUAAAGUGUGAGGUUGUGAAUCCAAGCUCAACCCUCCAUGCCUAUGAUCAGUCGGGGGAUACAAGAGACUGUCCACCUCAUCUAUCAGUUCCCAAUUUGGAAGGAGUCAUGGAUGCUGGAUUGGACAUGGAUCCUUUUUCAGAUUCAUGGAAGGAAACCAUUGGUAAUGAAUUUGAGGGUGCAUAUGAUGAGCAUGUACAAGUAGAAUGGGAAGAUGAUGGGAAACAUUUUCUAAAGCCCACAAGCGGUGAUAGCAUGGAUGCCAUGGAACAUAGAAAAGAGCCUGCUAACGAUAAUGCAACUCAUUCAUCAUCCUCGAAGCAAAAAGAGAAAAGCCGUGCAAAUGGGAAAAAGCAAGUAGCCAAAAAAAAAGGAGAGAAAGUUCCGAAAUUUAACAUUCCAGGGUCUGCAAAUCGGUUAAAGAUCAAGGAGAAGGCUGUGCUUACAGAUGUAUUCUCCAAAUAUGGACCAAAAUCUCCUGUCUCUGUAAAAGAACAGAGCUAA